GCUUCACCACGAUCAUCAUCCUAUCCACGACCGCGACUUCGACCAUGGCUCCAUCGACGUCCAGAGCAUCCUCAUCGCGCUCAUCGGGCACAGCCGCAGCGACUUCUGCUGCUGCAGCUGCUGGACCCGCCGCUAAGAAGAAGACCGCAUCGUCUUCUCAGCCUUCCCGCAAGAACAAGGCGAGUUGGAGACGCAACAUCGACCUCUCCGAAGUAGAUGAGCACCUCGAGUCCGCCCGAGUCGCCGAACGUCUUGGUCUUGAGAGGCCAGGAGCACUCAAGACUUCGACGGGAGAGGAUGGCGCAUUGGGAGUGGCAGAUGCGGGCCUCUUCGAGGUAGACACAAAGGGAGAUGAAGCUCUCGGUACCACUCUCCGCAAACGUAAAGAGAAGAAGCCUAUGCGCUUCCUCGCCUCGCUGCAAAAUGAGAGUGCAGUACCCGCUGUGGCUCGCAAAGGUGUGACGCCUGCUGGAGCUGCCACAUUCAAGGGUUCAAAGACGGGCAAGAUGAGCAAGAUUGAGCAGGAUCGACUUAGACGCAUUGCUCGUCGGCCCGUCAAGGGACCUUUUGGAGCUAUCGUAGAGAGCGAGCAGGGCAAUGCCCUCGAAGGCAUCAAAGGUGCUAUCCUCAGAACACCCGAGGAAGAUGUAUGGAACGGGGGAGAAGGACCAUCGAAGACGGCAGUCGAAAAGGCAAAGGCAGACGAGGACUGGAUCGAGGAAGCUCGCAAGAAGGAGAUCAAGACGCCCGCCCAUCUCACAGCAGCCGGACCGGCCACUGUCGUAGCCGCGUCGAGUGUAACGGUUGGCAAGAAGGGCAAAGGCAAGGGUAAAGCCAAGGCGAGCGCCGUUGGCCCCGUCCCAACAUUAGCCUCAUUCCUCUCCCUCCCCUCUACGGGCCAAUCUUACAACCCCACCUUUACCUCGCAUGCAACCCUCUUGCAAAAGGCCUACCAGGCCGAGCUGGCCAAGAUGAAGAGCGAAGAGGAAGAGAAGGCCUUCAAGCUUCGUUGGACCGAGGCUGCAAAGGCUCAGCGGGACAUGGAGGAGCUGCGCGGCGAUGAAGAGGCCGGGCGAGUCUUCCGAGGGAUGAUCGUUGGCGAGAUUCCCUCUACCGACGAGCACGAGGAGGAGCGGGUCGAAGAGUUGCUCGAAAACGACGCCGACGCCGAUGCCGCCGACGAGGAGAAGGCUGCGCGAGUCUCUGGUCUGAGAAAGACGAAAGCGCAACGGCAAAAGGAGGCUAGGGCUAAGCAGCUCCUGGAGCAAGCCGAGGCAAAGAAGCGCUCCAAAGCUCUUUCGCAGUCGCUCGCUUCCCUGCCUACAUUGCAAAAGACGAUCAAGAAGGAGCAGGCGGCACGCGCUGCGCUCCUCGAGUCCCGUCGACUUGCCAAGCUCAACGAGCGAGCCUCGAAAGGUCUAGCAGGGCAGCGCUCGGGCAAGUUCAAGGUACCCUCUUCCGCCUCUACUCGGGCUGGAGAGGAGGUGCAAUUGGGAGAGGAGCUCAGUGAAGGAUUGAGGGGAGUCAAGACGGAGGGAAACCUCUUCAGGGAUCAGUGGGAUGGACUCAUGAUCAAGGGAAGGGUGGAGCCGAGAUUGCCUGUGGCUAAGCAGGGUAGGAGUGGGAGGAAGUACGGAGGUGAGAGGAAAAAGGAGUAUGAGACGCAUGCCUAUAAGAGGUUCGAGUAGGGUUGGCAUUGGUCUCCCUGGUACGUGGUACCUGUUCCUCUUCCAGUCUGCUCUCCCAAUCUACCCUGCUUUCGGUUUCACUUUGACGGGCUCUCGCACGACGUGGUGUUUGGAGUGUGCAUAUGGAUAUUUCUUGAGGAGGGGGUGUUCUCUCUCUCCCUGUGUGUCUCGCCAUCUAGUAAGGCAUAUCCCAGACCGUCUCCCUAUUCUCCAUCUCCUCCUCGUCCAACUCCACCACUCGUGCUGGAAUUUGGACUGAGCCAGUGGAAGCUUCAUGGCCAUAGGCUAAAAGUCCUACGUGAGGCAUAAUGUUCCACCGGAGUGUAA